AUAAGUUGUGUGGAAAUACUUUUCUAUCUAAGAUGUCGACAGAGGAAAAGGUAAUAGAGGCGGUAAGGAAGUAUCCUGAGCUGUACGACACCAACAACCCAAAUUACAUGAAAAGUAAACUGAAAACAAGAAUUUGGAUGGAUAUUGCAAAGGACCUGAACUUGAAAGACGGUGAAGAAACAAAAAAUAUUUGGUUGAAAUUGAGAGGUGGAUAUCGAGAUGCUCGGCGACGUCACAAAAAGAGUUAUGUUAGUGGAGCUCCACUUCAGAAGAUGCGGACAUGGAAGUACCAAAAUCAAAUGUCUUUCCUUGAACCGUUUAUGUCAUGUGGGCAACGAGAAGGAAAUUUAGUUGAUGAAAGUGAUGAUGAAACCCAGCUUCCGUCUCAGCCUGCGGGAAAUUCACAUUUGGAGACCAAUAAUGUGACAUUUAAUAGUGGAGGAAGUCAAAGUUCGUUUAAACUUCAUCUUGACGAGACUCAUGCUUCAAUCGACGAAGAAAACAAUGAAAUUGAGCAGCCUGCAAUUGAUGAAGGAGGACACGAAGGUGAUAACACGGAUUUGUUAUCCCGGAUCCCAAAUCCACAGCAGCAGAUUCCUCUCCCUCCCAAAAAAAGAAGCAAAUGGAUGUUCGAGAUCUACUGGGCCAAUCUAUUAAACAACGAGAAGAGAGGGCCAGACAACGGGCGGAAGACAGGAGAAAACUGUCGGAAGAAUCUACAAAUUUGAAUGACCCAAUGUUCAAUUUCUUUAUGACAAUGUACCAACUAACAAAAAAUAUGCCCAACCGUUAUCAGCAUGGCAUCAGAGCCAAAGUUUUUCAAGCAGUUUCAGAGGCAGAGUCCGAAAUUAUGAACAUAACUUCCUCAACGCCUACUUUUCAGUCAAGUGCACCUAGCCCUUCAUACUCAACCUCACUUCAAUCACCUCACUGUUCCAAUAGUCAUUCUGUGCCAUCCAUCCACCACACACAUCAGAUGGAGCAAUCCCAUGAGCAUCUGCAAAGUGACUCCGGCCCAGAAUCCUUCACUCUGACAAACUUUAUCAGCAACUAUCAGUGUGAUUAAAACAUUUUUUGGAUAAUAAUUUUUGGUAAUAUUAAUUUAAUAAUUAAUCAUGUAAAACUUUUAAAUAAAUAUUUGUUUUACUUU